AUGGAAGGACAAAAUCCUCAAGAAGAAUAUUGCAACACAGAACUUGGUCUUACCCUUGGCCUGAAUGGCAAUAUACCAAAAGGGCAAGACAGAAACAAUUGUAAGCACAGUAGUACUAAAUCUGGGCUCUGUUUGGACCUGUCUUUUAACCUUUGCCCUAAAGAAGAAAAAGAGGAUGAGGAAGAAGAAGAAGAAGAAGAAAAGUCUAUUGGUGCACGUCAAGGCCAUGAAGAACAUGCAAAUAAUAAAAGAAUUGAUUUUGUUAACGUCGACAAUAUCAGUAUUAGCAGAAAAAAACUGAGGCUUACUAAAGACCAAUCUGCUUUGCUCGAAGACAGCUUCAAAGUGCAUACCACUCUCAAUCCUGUUCAGAAGCAUGCACUUGCUGAGCAAUUGAAUUUAACAGCAAGACAAGUUGAAGUUUGGUUUCAAAACAGGAGGGCAAGGACCAAGCUGAAGCAAACAGAGGUAGACUGCGAGUUCUUGAAAAAAUGCUGCGAAAGUCUAAGCGAGGAAAAUACAAGAUUGAAGAAAGAAGUGCAAGAAUUACAAUAUCUAAAAAGUAUUGGAACUUCAUCGCAACUGUGUCUUCAUUUUCCAAUGUGUCCCUCGUGUGAGAAAACCGCAGCUUUUGGGCUUGGGUGUGGUCCUCUUCAUCAAUAA